UCCUCAACUUCAAUCUCGUGGGAUGUGGUUCAAGAGGAGAUCCCUGCAGUCGACUUCGUGAACAAAUACUCUGGUCUCUUUUCUUUCAAUCAAACAUACACGGACUACCUCAACGAGAAGGCCGCGACGUACAAUUACACUGGCUACAUGGAUAAGUACGUUACAUACCCUCCAACAGGUCUUCUUCCCCUACCUGGAGACUCUAUCGAGUUUGCCGAGGGCUGCGAUGUCUGGGACGACAUUUUCUAUAAUGCAUUGGUUAUCAAUGUCAAGGAAGCUAUUCACGCGCCCGUUGAGACCCAGUGGUCGGAAUGCUCCAAUAUCAAUGUUUUCCCCAAUGGAGACAACAGCUUGCCUCCUGUCUUCACCGUGUUACCGAAUGUUAUCGAGAAGAACCAGCGGACCGUCAUUGUGCACGGUCUCGCCGACUUCAUUCUCAUUGCUGAUGGAACCAGAAUUGUCAUUCAAAAGUCAGUGCGGAAUGGGUUGCAAGGAUUCCAGACGCCCAUCGCUAACGACAGCUUCAUUGUCGAUGGUGUGGGUGCCUAUGGCACAACACAUUCGGAGCGGGGACUCACAUACUACGAAGGAGCUUUGAGUGGACACAUGAUUCCACAGUUUGCACCAGUGGCUGCCUUCCAGAUUAUGCAGUACCUGAUGGGCUUUAGGGACACGCCUUAG